CAUUUUCCUGCCUGUUCGUCUAGAGAACAACACGCGUCAGUCAAGAAGAUAUUUUUACGUCACGCGUCGAAAAUUGACAGUAGAUUAAUCAUUAUAAAUUUCUUUUAAUAAACUGAAAAUUUUAUUUUAAGAAAAUGAAACACAUAACAUCUAUUCUUGUCAUUGCGAUAGUGAUUCAAAUGACUGCUGGUUUUCUAAUCAAAGACAUAAUUUAUGAAAUAGCAAAAUCGGUAUUAGAUGAUAACCUGAAGGAAUUUCUUGUGAGUUUGAAACCUAUGUUAAAGACUGGAAACAGUAGCUUAGGAAUCCCAGUUCUUGAUCCGUAUGAAAAUGAUUAUCAAGAAAUUUAUAUUACAGAAGACAUAAUCAGCAUCAAAGGUGACUUAACUAAUGCCAAAGUUAAGGGUCUGUCUAAUUAUAUAGUUAACGAGGCUAAGUUCAAAUUGGCGGGCUUGAAAAUCACAUUGAACAUGACAUUGUCUAAUGUUAAAGCUAAAAGUUUAUAUAGUUUUGAAGCUGAAUCAAAGGGAAUAUCUAUGUAUGGGAAGGGUGAUAUUGACGUCGAAAUUUUCAAUUUUACAUUCGCAGCAGAGGCGCAAUUAGGUUUGAAAUCGAAUAAAAUAUUUAUAAAGAGUUUAUCAACUGGAAUGCAUUUGGGAAAUAUCAACUUUAAUGCAAGUGGAAUUUAUAAUAACCAGCCUGCUUCUGAGACAAUAAACUCUAUAGUAAGUCAGUCAGGACCGUACGUUGUUAAUAAUCUUCAAUGGCUGAUUAGCAGUCAAGUAGAUUGUAGGCUGACGAAAUUAAUCAAUUCUUAUUUGGAUGGCUUAACGUUGCAAGACAUCAUUAAUAUCAUUGGAUAUUAUUUAUCCUUACUCUAUUUAAGAGAGUGCCCCCGACAAGACAAAAAUAUUGAUUUUGCAACGCUUCUUACAAUAAGACAGUGCUGCGUGAUAAAUUAUCUGCAGUUUAGUGAAAUUAUAAGAACAAUGAAGGUAUUAGCGGCAUUGAUAGUGCUGGUUGCCAGCUGCCAGCUCAUCGGCGCCAACUUUGUUCACGAUGGUAGCAAUGACUUAGUCCGCGAUUAUGUAGUUCGGGCUAUUGGUGAUAAGUUCAAGACUGCUCUUGAGGAUUUCAAAAGCAUCAUGAAAAAGGGAAAUGCUAAACUCGGUAUACCUGUACUUGAUCCUCUGGACUUGGAGCAUCAAAAAAUCAAUAUUAAUGAAGAGCAAGUAACUGCUAAUGGAGAAAUAAACAAUGCACAUGUCGACGGCUUGUCCGACUAUGUGGUUAAACAUGCCGACUUCAAAAUUGCCAAAUGGAAUGCCUCGAUGAGCUUCUUGUGGUCCAACAUCAAAGGAAAAACAGCAUACGAAGUAGACGCAUACAUUGCUAACAAAAUUCCUGUUUAUGGAGCAGGUGAAAUAAGCUUCGAUAUUAGUGACUUCGCUUUCUCGACACAAGCCAAGCUCAAAGUAAACUUAAAAACGAAGAAGGUGCAAAUCGUAAGCUUUUCAGCAACGGCAAUUUCUGUGGCUAAAACUAUGAUCAACAUUACCGGGCUCUAUAACAAUGAUGAACUUUCGCAACUUAUCGGUGCUGUUAUUAGUGACAUGGCACCAGAUGCAAUUCAAGAUUUCCAGGAAGAAGUUACGGCUCAAGUUGACCAGAUCUUAUUGAGAGAAGCCAAUGCUCUUUUCGAUCAAUAUACCCUUGACGACAUUCUAGGUCUGAUAAGUUAAAUUAAACCAUCUGCGAUAUAAUAUGUAUUCCACUUUUGUGUAACUUCUAAAGAUUAAAUUAAACUACUUUUUUCUACGCCGAUUUUAUUAAUUUUAUUAAAAAAUAUAUAAAAAGAAUUUGAUCAGGUAUGUAUUUGAUAGAGCGACAAAAUCGGAUUUAUUAUACAAGAUCUUGCGAUGCUUUUUAUUGCGCAAGAUAAUUCAACAGAUGAAUAUCAACGAAGUUUCCAUUUUUCCGUCAAAGAGGUAAAAAUUAUAAUAUACCCGAUGAAAAUGUAAAUGAAUGGCUGCUAAGUCAUAAUUGCACUUAUUGUUAUGCCGACACAAUCAGAGUCUUGGUGGCCAAUAUUCGACUCGCUUUGUAUUCUCGAUGUAGAGGACACCCACGAUAAUGGCAGCCAAUUGUAUGGCAACCAAUAACGUACGCUGAAAGUUGAAAAAAAAGUAUUUAAUCUUUAAAAUAAAAUAAACAAACUUUAU